AUGACGCCAAAUAUCGAUUCGGAUAAAUUUCCAAUAUCGGAAGCUGUUCAGCGAGAAUGUUUGAGUCCGAAAAUGCCUGAAGUUCCGACGCCGUCCGCAGAUUCAGGAAAUUUUAGGAGAAAAAGGCAACGCUUCAAAUCUCUUUCUGCUGAAAAUCAUCAGAAAUAUGUCGAAAAAUGGAACGAAUUAGACCAAGACAACGACGGGAAGAUCGAAAAAGAAUGCAUCGUUGAGGUUUUGGUAGAAAACCAACUUUCGGAUCAGCAAAAUCAGUCAGACAAGAAUCUGGACUCAACGCCGCGCAUAUGCCCUAUUCAAUUACAAAUUUUGGAAGAAAAAGCGUCUGAAAUCAUAGAAGAAGCGGACAUAAGCGGCGAUGGGAGUUUGACGAAGCAGGAGUUUAUUGGUUACAUGCACGAAAAUGACAAACGAGCGAGGAUUAUCUUCAACGAACUCGACAGUGAUAAUGAUGGUGUUUUGACGAUCACGGACAUCAUCAACCACGAGGAUUUGAAAGACCUGGAUCUCAGCGAGGCACAAGCAACGGCAUUUCUGAUCGAGUUACUGGACGAAGAUCUCAUUCAAUCGCACUGGAAAGAUGGCCAGUUAGAAAUCACAAGAGACGAGUUUCGAGACUGGCACAUAUCAGAACUUUUCAACACGAGAAGAACGAAUGAAAUCCUCAAAGCGGGUCUUGCAGAAAUGUUCUACGACAUUUCGCACAAACUCUCAACUGCGAAUAUCGAAUUCACGGCGUACAUCAGUCAGCAACGAAGCACAACAGAUGACAAUAGCGAGCUGUCAAUUUUGGAUCGCAUUCCGGUCGAGACUUUCCUCUUUGGCGGAAUAGCCGGAGCGAUUUCGCGCACCACCACGGCUCCUUUGGAUCGACUCAAAGUCUUCUUCCAAGUCCAUGAGCGAUCAACGAGAAAGGGCUACCUGAGUACACUCAGAUUCAUGUACUCCGAAGGCGGCCUAAAAUCACUGUGGCGAGGAAACUUCGUAAACGUCAUGAAGAUCUUCCCUGAGACAGGCCUCAAGUUCGGCAUUUUCGAAACGAUUAAAAACAACUUCUGCGGCGCAGAGCCAUCGAAAACACAACGAUUCUUUGCUGGCGCUACUGCUGGUGCAAUGGCGCAAACUUGUAUAUAUCCGAUCGAGGUGUUAAAAACGAGAAUGGUGUUGAGAUCGACGGGGCAGUUUAACGGAGUCUUCAAUUGUGCCAGGACGAUAGUUAGGGAAGAAGGAUUCAGAGCAUUUGGGCGAGGAUAUCUUCCCACCGUUUUCGGCAUAUUCCCCUACGCUGGUCUUGAACUUCUCUUUGCCGAGACUGCCAAGGGCUACCUGAUGAGCAAUCAUAAAUGGGCAAAUAAUUCUGAUGGGCAUCUUUACUGGUUCCUCCCUCCUCUCAUCGGCGGAUCAAGCUCAUUUGUCGCUGGAACGCUCGUUUAUCCUGUCAAUUUAAUACGAACAAAGAUGCAAGCCAUGCGGCCAAAAGAUUACGUGGAGCUGGGCUCGCCGCUUGAGCACCGCGCCCCGUAUAUCGGCCAAAUCGUCAAGGAAAUCCACACGGACUAUGGCUUCAGAGGGUUCUACCACGGAAUAGGCGCCAAUCUUACCAAAGCCGUUGCUGCUACCUCGAUUACGUUCGGCGUUUGGGAAUAUCUGAAAAUUAAGUUUGACUACAGAAGCAAAUAA